CAAUUUUUUGUUUGUGAACAAGAAAAACAAAAGAGAAAACGCCAUUUGGUUUUGCUUUUGGAUCUUGUCUUUGUUGAAACGUUUUAAAAGCAAGAUGCCACGCAGACAAGAAGUGGCAGUCCUUCUUUGGUGCUGCUUGUGGGCCUGCAUUGGCUGCGGCAUGAUUGACGAAACCUGCAUCACCUACGCCGUGAGCUGCGCACUCAUCGCCGGGGUCAACAUCCUCAAGGCUUACUACGGAUCCAACCAGGCACAUGAUGUUGCUGCUGCUGCCGCAGUGCAAAAUCAGCAUCAUCAUGAUCGCAAUUCCGCCUCAGCUGACGAUGUGGCAAACACACUGUCAGCGUUCGCUUCCGGCGCGACUUCUUCCCUCGCGUCCCCGGCCUCCCACCCUGGCACCACACAUAUGAGCCAGUCUGCUACUGGCGUGACAUCGUCGAUCGGCAGCGGCGGCGGUGGCAUCGGUUCUGCGGCCGGCGCAAUGCAAAGUGCUCAGAGCGUUGGCUUGCUGGAUUUGGCGAAUGAACGCUUGGGAUCCCAGUUCACAGCUCUGACAUCAGCUACUGCCGACGCGGCAACCCGCGUGACUGCCACGCUCGCUGACGCCACUCCUGGAACAACUGGUCAGACCAUCCUGAACGCUCUGUCAGCUCAAGCGCAAGGUUCGUUGGCAGGCGCUCCGACAAAUCACAGCGGCGACGGGUCUGGACCGCUGCCUCCUUACAGCGAAAUGUUUGGCACCCUCUUCUCUACCGUCUCGGCCAUUGCGCGUGCGACGCUCCGGGACACGUUGUGGCUCGUCAAGCUGGCCGCGUUGGGCGUGGUAAAGCUGUGCUUGUCACCGCUGAUGCAACGCGGUCUGAUCACCGCUGUUGUCUGCACUCAAGCGAUUCGCUCUGCGGUUCGCGCGCAGCAUGCACACGCCGUUCUGAGGUACUGCGAGCGAUCGUCCAAGGUGGUGGACGUUGUCGAAUCUGUCCGAUUUGCAUACUAUCGUCGCUGCAUCGAAACCGUCCUGUGGGCUGGUGGCGCGGCGGUGGCCAUCUCUCAAACAGUCACAUGGACGUUGUUUGGAGCCGAUUUGUUCCAAGAAACCGUGUCCAGCCUCUUGCGUCUGCCUCCAAAUCCAGUUGACAUGUCAACCGUCUCUGUUGCAGACUUCCACGCCAUUCUUCACACCCUCCCAUGGCUCAGGAUUGGAGCCGUCACUUUGGGCUUUGCGCUCGUCUGCGCGCUUUGGCGCAGCAGCGAUGACUUGCGGUGGUACUGGUAUCACCCUGCUGAAGGUUUUGCGCAUGCCCGGAAUGUCUUUAUGAACUCCCCUGUCGGAACCUUGGUUCGGCAUCAGCUCUUGCUGCGCUCGGUGGCUGAACAGAAGAAGGGCAAGGCCAAGGCUGCCAAUGAACUUGCGAUUGCAAAUGCUCCCGCAGAGGCACCUCCAGCCAUUCCAUCUACACCCGCGUCGUCUUCGUUUGUGGCCAAAUGGCAGGCUGAGCUUGCACAACUUGAACAGCUUUCACCAGCAAUGGCAGCAUUCGCGUCUGCUGCUGCAUCGACCACCGACGCCGCAUCAACAUCGGCAUCGGCGUCGUCCUCCUCCUCGUCCUCCCCCGCCUCUACCAGCGCGUCAUUCGCUGCUCACUUUCCUUCGCCAUCCGCCAAGCAGAAGCGCCAGUUUGCUAGCCGUCAGCAGCCCGUCAUGUGCGAUUUCGGCUGUGACACGGUGGUUGUGUUGAGCGACGAACCCGGCGCCACCCCGCUCAACGUUGCCAUUUUCCUGCAUGACCACGCCCCCGUUUGCGCCAAGUGCAUGAACACCUGGAUGAUUCAGCAACUCAACGAGAGGCUGACCACAUUGCGUGCAUCAACAAAGUGCAAUGCUCCGCCACAAGAAGCAGAGCCCUCGCCUUCCUCUCCUGAUGUCGAGAUGCCCCGACGUGCCAACCGCCGCAACUCGCGCGCCCCUGCUGCUGCGGCACGGGCUGCUGCAAACGAGUCGCGGAUUGUCAACCCUGGUGUCAACGGAAAGUACAUUGGCAUUUCCUCCAGCAACUACAGCGGUCCGCGCCGCUCCGUUUCGGCAAUCGAUAAUCCCACGUCACAUGCCGCUCCGACGGCUCGUCCCGUCUCGGCUGUCAAGAGCCCAUGUGUCAUGGCGAAAUGCCAGCAAGAGUUGUGCGAAUCCGACCUCGCCGCACCCGGUCUGAGCAACCUUGUGGCCGAGCUUCAUCACCAGCUCAUGUUGCGAUCCCUCCCUGGUGUGACCUGUCCUGCCAGCGCUGGUGGGUGCGGUCGACAAGCGUUCGAGCGAGUCCCUCAAGCGUCCGAGAACGAUGCCUGCAUGCCGGAAGUCGCCGCGGUGAACGGAGGUCACCGUCCUUCUGCAUCCCGCCAGGUGCAGUGCCCCUAUUCUGACUGCGCGCUGGUCUACUGCGAGACAUGUGAGAUGCCUUGGUCGACACACUCCAGCGACGAAGGCUUUCGAUGCACAACCCUCGAAGUGCUGACUCCCGCGGAGGCCAGAGUGCAGCUGACUCGCGCGGCCAGCCAGUACUUUGAGAGCGGCAUCCGAGCGUGCCCAGCGUGCUUCACGUUUAUUGAGCGCGUUUCGGGUUGCGACCACAUGACCCACUCAAACUGCACCUCGACGACGACUGCUCGGCGCGGCCGCGAGUUUUGCUUCCGAUGCAACGGCGUGUAUGCCUCUUCUGACGCGUUCAGCACCAUGAAGACGCCUGAUGGCUCUCCACUUGAUCCAAUGCUGCGAUGCCAGGGCAGUUCGUGUUUGAGCAGGUCCAUGUCGCUGCAUCUCGUCUUUCUCGAGGCCGCGCUGGUGCAGGGCAAUCCGUCGUGGCGCCUCGCGCUCGGAAGCUCCACGCUCAACCCCUCCAAGCUGUACAACGACGCAGCGACAUUGAAAAAGUCGGAUGUUGGUCACGUGGAGGUGGAGCCGUGGAGCAAGGUGCUGAAGCGAGCUGGCUGGCAGCUGUGCUGGGGCCUGGGCUUUUCCAUUGUCCGAAUGACCAAGCUCAAUACGCUUGUGGAUUUCUACUUGCGCGGGAAGGACUUGCGACCCCGUCUUCCCCAGUUCUCCACGCACCGCGAAGAAGAGCUGAGGUGCGACUGCGUCAUGGCCUGGAUGCGGAUUGUUUCCUACUGGCUUGUGCCCUCGCCACUCGUUCUUGCUGCGUGCGGGGCUGGCUCGGCGCUCGGUUGGACUGGAUUUCUAGGCUCGUGGUCUGGAUGGGCCACGCUGCUCGCCGUGCACGGUUUGUCGCGCAUGGUUGGGUUUAACAUCGUCGCCUGCGCUGCCAUCCUUGCUCCUGCCUACUGGGAUCAACUGCAGCGGCUGAUUGUUGAUCAAAUGCCGUUCCAUUUGUGAUGCGGUUCAGGCGUGUCGUGUUCUGGUUGAGUUUGGUUGUGUUGUGUGGCAUCGAUUUUGUUGAUUUUUUUGUUGGAUACACCUAGCGAUUCAUUCUGUG